GCCAUCCGGCAAGGGCCAGCCGAGACCUCUGAGCUGAGACUUCAUUCCUAGCGCCGCGCUAGCGGGCCUGGACCCUGAUGCUGUUGGUUCACAUCCUGUCUGCGGGCCCUGAGGCCGCGGGGUCCAGGCAGAGUCCAGACAAAGGCCACCUGGUGUUCCGGGUACAGGUGCGGUGCGGCGGGCGCAGACACACGCUAUUGAGGCGCUACAGCGACUUCCACGCGCUGCACCGGCGGAUCAAGAAACUGUACCAAGUGCCUGACUUUCCCUCCAAACGCCUGCCUGGCUGGAGAAGCAGAGGGCUGGAGCAGCAGCGGCUGGGCCUGGAGGCCUACGUGCAGGGCAUCCUCUACUUGAACCGGGAAGUGCCCAAGGAGCUUCUGCAAUUCCUGGGUCUUCUGCAGUCCCCCGCAGACCCCGAGACCAGCAGCUGGGGCGCACAGCCGUGCCAUCCGCCUGUGCUAGGCUUUGGCCUGGAUCCCUAUGUCCGCGGCCCCACUCCAGAGCCACUGCCCAGCGUGGUGGUCCGAGGCGUUCUCCAGGGCCUCUACGACAGCCUGCCCGACAGCCAGCCAGAGGCUCGAGGCCACUGACCCCGGAAACAGGCCACCGUCAGCACCGUCACAUGCCCCUGUCCUAGCAGC